AUGGAUGCCAGCCAGCUCCCACCAAGAGUUUCGUUUGGAAGAGUGAAGUGCUUGGAAAUCCCACAUCUACAGUACAUUCAGAGCAAAGAGAAGAGCAUAGCAGAGCGGUUAGGUGGUUUCGGGAACAGCACAUGGCGUCCUGCGGCGUUUCUCGUUUUUGUUCUGUUCCUCAUGUUCGUCACACGCAAAUAUCACAAGGCCAGAAAUUAUGGACCUGUCGAAUGA